AUGGCGUGCACACCAUUACUUAGUGAAAACGAUUUAUAUUUAUUCAGAACAAAACAAUGCUUAAGAUUAGCUAAGGGAGGUUGUGAAUUUGGACUUGAUCGAUGCCAAUAUAGUCAUAACACACAAUGGAUAAGACGAUGCCCAUAUUAUAUUUCCCUUCCUUCUUACCUUCGAUAUAUUCCAGUUGCUUGUCCAUAUUUCAUCAAGAACAAAGACAUAAAUGAAAAUAAAAAUGAAGAAGAAAAUAAUAAAGAUAUAGAACGUGAAAAAGAAAUAUUACAAAACUGUUUAUCUCUAACUAAUCCAGAUGGUAGUGUUAAUAAUGAAUUUUAUAAAUAUAUCGAAGAAAAUAAUAUCAAUAAAUGCCCAGCAGGUGUUGAAUGUCCAUUGGCUCAUAGUAUUGAAGAAAUAUAUUAUCAUCCUCUUGUUUAUAAAACUAAAAAAUGUGAAAAUUAUAAACAUGGUAAUUGUAAUAAAUAUUAUUGUCCAGAUUUUCAUAAAUUAGCUGAACAAAGAAAAGUAAAAGAAUAUUUUAUUCCAUUUUCUUACAAAAUUGAUAUACCACCAUACCCUAAUGUUACUAUUAUUGAUAAAAUUAAAUAUGGGUCAUUCAAAGGACAAUCACAAAUUAAUAGUAGUAAAAAAAAAACAUUACAUCAAAAUGUUAAUAACACAAUUUAUAGUUAUCAAAAUAAAAACAACAAAUACAUUUCUUCAGUACCAAAAUGUGUAAACAAUAUUAAUUAUAAUAAGAAAGAGAAAUUCACUAAAAUAAAUUAUGACACUAAUAAAAUUCACAACAAUCAAAUAGACAAAAAUACCUACUUAAAAUAUAAUUCAGCUAAUUUACCAUAUAUUAAUGAAAAUGUGCCAUAUUUGAACAAUACAAAAUAUAAUACUAUAAGCUAUCCUAAUAAUUCAAUCACAUUUGAAAAUUCUUUAAAAAAUAAAAAACAAAAUUCCAUUUUUAGCUACCUAAACAAUUGUGAUGAUAAAGUUACCUUAUAUGUACAUAUUUUACAAAAAUUCCCACAUUUAUUUGAUUUAAAUAUAUCAAAUGUUAAUUCGAAUACCCCAAUUGCAUUAAUUAAUGCAUUAAAUAUUUCAGAUAAAAAUAUACAAAAUGUUAAUAAAAUCGAAAUAGAGAACUCAGAAAAUCAAAACACUACAAGUUGCUAUGCUCAUACUGAUGUGGACAAAAAAAAUUAUGACUAUGCUAAUCCGAAUACUGCAAAUGUGAAUAUUGCAAAUGCUAAUAUUAACAACAUGGAUAACCAAUUUGAAUCAAACACAGAAAACAAUUCAAAAAGUAACACAUAUUAUAAUAUACUAAAUCAAAUAUUUAAAAAAAAUUUGCAAAUUACAAAAAAUAAAAUAGAAUAUUUAAAUGACCAACCUAGCCCAAUAACAAAUACGUAUGAACGCAUUUUUAAAUAUGAUCCAAAAUAUGAUGGAAAUAUAGAUUCUUUUACUAAUUUUACACAUAAAAAUGUGAUAGUUAAUGGAAACUGUGGGGAUAGUUAUGAAGAUUUUAUAAAUAUGCUAAGUCACAUUCUAUGUUUACUUUAUUUCACUACUAAUUCAAAAACACACCCAUCUUUUGAUGAGUAUGCCCAUCAGCUAGCCAAAAAUAUACACAAUGAAAGCAUAAAAAUGAGGGAUGCGUCCAUGGAAAAAAUCGUAAGCAAGCCCAUAGAAGGAUCUAUUUAA